AUGAAGACCACCGCUGCCCUCCUCACCGCUGGCCUCCUCGCCACCUCCGCCCUCGCGGCGCCUCUCACGGCCCAGCGCCAGGCGCGGCGCGCCAAACGGGCGUCCGGCCGCCAGAGCAACCCGCCCUUCAAGCCCGGCACCACCGAGGUGCUCCAGCUCAACGCGACCUCCCACACCGAGUACAGCACCAACUGGGCCGGGGCCGUCCUCAUCGGCACCGGCUACACCGGGGUGACGGCCGAGUUCACCGUGCCCACCCCCUCCGUGCCCUCCGGGGGCUCGCGGAACGAGGAGUACUGCGCCUCCGCCUGGGUGGGCAUCGACGGCGACACCUGCAGCACCGCCAUCCUCCAGACCGGGGUCGACUUCUGUGUCCAGGGCUCCGAGGUGAGCUUCGACGCCUGGUACGAGUGGUACCCGGACUACGCCUACGACUUCACCGGCAUCUCCAUCGCCGCCGGCGAUGUCAUCAAGGUCACCGUCGACGCCUCCAGCGACACCGCCGGCACCGCCACCAUCGAGAACGUGAGCACCGGCACCACCGUCACCCACACCUUCACCGGGGGCGUCGACGGCGACCUCUGCGAGUACAACGCCGAGUGGAUCGUCGAGGACUUCGAGGAGGGCGAGUCCCUGGUGCCCUUUGCCGACUUCGGCACCGUCACCUUCAGCAGCGCCUCGGCCACCAAGGAUGGCGUCUCCGUCGGGCCAGCGGACGCCACCGUCCUCGACAUCGAGCAGGACUCCGUCCUGACCUCCGUCUCCGUGUCCAGCAGCGAGGUCGUCGUCAAGUACGUCUAA